AUGGAGAGAAAUUGCUCGUUUCAGCGGCUAGUUGGUGGCGAAUGCGGUCAAGACCCUCGAAGCGCUAAAGUCCAAGAUUUAGUUCCCUUGCUAACUUGUAACAAAGACAUAUCACGCCACAAAAGCUCUCUAGGGCUGAUGACCGGCAGCGGCGUAGACACUGAAGUGGAACUGAUUCUAGCAAGGUCUUCAAUUUUCAGUUUCCCUUCCAAUAUUUCUGACAUGGAUAUUUGUCCCGCUCAUCGUUCUUCGCUGGGCAGUGGGUGGCGAAGGGGUUUGGCGCGUUGCCGUAUACCAGCCCAGCUGUCGAAGCACGUCCGAAAAUCCCGUACUACGGAUCGUGGAAUCAAUAAAGACAUCUCCAGAUUAAUCUUGCGUAUUACUGGGAUAUUUCUUCCAGUUGGCUCUGGUAAGUAUCCAUUCGAAUAAAAUCUAUAGACUGCAGUGCUACAUUACAUUUCACAAAAGCCAAGUCACAUUCGAAAGAGCAAUGCUCAACACUAAAAUUAAAUCAUUAUUCAAUAUUUAUUAUUGUUUUAUCUUUUUUUAAGGAAUAUGUAGUGAAUGUAGGAUAACUCUUGGAGAACAGGUCAGAGCCGAUUGCCAAGACCCACAACUUAUUGCCCUUUCAGAGAGUAUUCAUGAGCUUUCUUUGGUAAGUUCUAGCUGUUUUGGGAGUUUCGCGCAUACCACUGAUUUUAUAUGUAACUAUACACAGGAUCAAAGUCUGAAUUUCAUUAAGUUACCAUAAAACUCUGAUUCUCCAUCGCCCUUUUUUAAUCAGACCCCCUAAUUAUACUUAGCGAAGCUGUUGUUAUGGUUGUUUCUAAAGAUUUUCAAUCAUUUAUGCCGCGCCUUGUUUUCUAUAUACCGUAAAUCCUCUAUUAAGCCCCCGGGGGGCUUAUUUUUUCACACACUUUUGAGGGGGGACUUAUUUAAUUUAGCGAAACGCAUCACCUGUAGCAAAAAUGCGGUGGUAUGAGACAGGGUAGACUUACGCGUUGUACAAUUAAAGUCACUGUCAAAAGUAUUUAAUUCACUUGUGGGAGCCUAAAAGUAACAAAAACAAAAUUCUUAUUCUUCAAAAAUGUGCUUUCGGCCUCAUGUUCUUUGGUAAUUUUUAUGAAUAAACCAUAACUGAUCAGUCCACGUUAAUCGUUAAUUUUUUUGUGAAGAAUAAGGAUUGAGGGAGGGGGAGAGGGUGCUUAAUAGAGAGGGGGGGCUUAUUAACUUUCCUCCUCUGAAAAGGGGGAGCUUAUUAGAGAGGGAGGGGGAGCUUAAUAGAGGAUUUACGGUAUCAACAUGGAAAAGCCUCAUGAACCGUGCGCAAUAUAACAGUUGACGUUGCUGUUCUAGGCUGAGGAGACGACUCGUACUCGUCCUGAACACAGUACCCCAGCUACUCCAGGAGGAAGCUUCUAUUUACCACCUAGCGACGACUCGUCCUCCUCUGAGGAGAUCUCCUUUGACAGCACACCAGCUACAACAAAGCGCGAACCACAGUCCAAGACCACUGACCCACUCAAUGAUUAUUUGCGCACUCGAGGAAUCAGUCCCAUUCGUUCUCGGCUACAGCGGCCUUGGGAAGAAGCAAGUAAAAGAACACGACGCUACUACGUGCGGAAGGCUGGUCAAGGUCUAUCUACACUUUUACAAGACAUAGCUCCAAGUGAUAGUGGUUCUCUCUUCAAGGCAGUCUAUUCCUCUGGUGUCCUACAAAGAACCUUACAAUGUAACGGAGAAGAAGCCACAAGCAGUUCAGUCGACGAAACCAUGAUGAGCGCACUCGCCGAGUGCUACCGCGCAGCCGACAGCUGGGAGACGCGUCGGCAAGUCUUGUCCAUUAUGGCUGAUAAGUUGACACUGAAUCAGCUGCGACACUGGAUACCCGAUUUAUCUCAGUAUCGUUUCACUGAGGCCAGACGCCACUGCUUAGUAUAUGGAAGGGGUGCACCGGUGCUAACAGUUCCGACGCCAAGGAUGAGAGUAUCCACCGCUCAAAUCGACCACUUCAUUGCGUUCAUCACUAGUCCCCAUAUUAUCCAAGAUUUGCCUUUUGGCGAAAGAACAAUCAUGUUAUCGACGAAGGAGACUAUCAAGGUUCCAAACGUCAUACGGAUGAUUAUCCCAGAGCGAAUAGUCAUCCAGUAUAUGACUUACUGCCAAGAGUCUGGGUUCACGGCACUAAGCCGCGCUACUCUUCUGCGGAUUUUGAGCACGUGCGCUGCGUCUGUUCGGACAUCGGUUCAAGGUCUCGAUUAUGUUAGUUCUGCAGGUGCGGAAGCAUUUGACGAUCUGUGUGAUGUUGUUGAAACCCUUGGAAAUGUAGGACAAGGCAUGGGGUGGGCGAAACAGCAGGAAAAUAAUCUUCGCGCAAGCAAGCGGUACCUUAAAAGCGACUUUAAGGUGGGUGUGAUCCCCGCUAAGCAGAUCCCUCCACCUCGCUAUGUCACUCGCCCCAGAUCUUUUUCUUGUGCGUCCAAUAUGGCGUCUGCGAUCACACACUCCGGGUUUUUCGCUUUCAAAAAACACCCUCUACCACUUGCUAGCAGUUAAUCGAAAUACCAUUAAAUAGCAUCACUUCCAUUGUGUUAUUUUGUUCAGUUGGCACUAUUUACCGCUACAUAUUUGUCAGUUUCAUGGUUCUACUGUCCGGCACUCAAAGGCUGAUUACUACAAAGGACUAACUCGAUAAGCGUGCCAGUCAGUCCAUACGGAACAUAUGAUAACAACAUGUUAGAACGGAUUUCACUUGACUGUUGUAGAACAAACCGCAACUAACCGCAGCCAACCAGGAGAGGAACCCAUUAAACAACAAAUCAACCAGGAGGCGAAGUAUGUCUGACUUGCGUUUAAUAGUGACAUGAUUAAACGUGCGUCUGGGUUUAGUUCGCCAUUUGAUUGGCUCACUGACAACAGACCAAGCCCCUCAAUCAAUAGGAAAAUGAAGUGAACGCAAGUCUGACAGUCAUGUGAAAUCUUCUCUGUCUUUCUACUUAGUUCUCUUCAAAGCAGCGCUUCUUAAUUAUAACUUUUUUUCAAACGUUUAUUGCAGGUCCACGUUUCCCAGAGUUCUACAGUAGCUGAUCACUGCAGGUCAUACGCUUUAAGCGACCCGAAGGAGCCUUCGUUCCAGGCCACAUGUGAUCACGAUCACAGUGACGUAUGUGAGCGCUGCGCUACAUUGGCGUCAACUGUAAAUGAUAUCGAGGAAGGUUUGGUUGCGCAAAGUCAAAACAUGACAUCCAACACGAAGGAAGAACUUGUUUUCCGAGUCAAGAAUGCAAAGACCGCUAUAUUGGCGUGGAAGUCUCAUCUCCUCCGUUCCGUCAAUCAGGAUGGCGCCAGAGUACAACUUUUGGAAGAGAUUGAUGAGUCGUCUGUUUUAAUUGUUCAAGAUUGGGGAAUGAAAUAUCUUCCUCGGAAGUAUAGAGAAAGUCAGACCGACUGGUUCGGUAAACGCGGGAUCCCAUGGCAUUUGACAGUUGCCACAAGACGAGAAGGAGGGCAGUUGCAGAUGCUAACGUUCGCACACAUUUUCAAGUCCUGUACUCAAGACAGCUGCGCAGUCCUUGCCGUUAUGGCCGAUGUUAUUCGGCAACUCAAGAUCGCCAUGCCCGGGCUCAAGACCGUCUGUUAUCGGCAGGAUAAUGCCGGCUGCUACCACUGUGGAACCACUCUCGUCUGUGCAGCAGCCCUUGGUCAUGAAGAAGGUGUCAAGAUCAGGCGUCUAGAUUUUUCUGAUCCACAAGGGGGCAAGGCGGCAUGUGAUCGGAAGGCUGCGACUAUUAAGUCCCAUAUGAGGAUUUAUCUUAACGCUGGAAAUGAUAUCGAGACGCCUGAGCAGAUGAGGGACGCGAUACUCUCUUCUGGUGGAGUUCCUGGUGUUAACGUAGCAUUGUGUGAGACUGUCCAAGUACCGAAGGUGCUAUCUUCAAAGAUAGAUGGUAUUAGUCAGCUCAGUAAUGUCGAGUACAAGGAAGAGGGGCUACUAGUUUGGAGGGCGUAUGGUAUCGGCGAUGGUAAACUCAUCCCUACAGACAAAUUGCAUUGCCCAUCCCCAUCUGACCUACCGACCCUUACCGGAGUUACUCGCUCUUACUCAGGCGCAUUUACAUCUGUCAAGGAGAGGCGCAUAAAAGCAUCAGUUCGAGAUCCAGAUCCACCAGUGAAUAUCGAAGAGGAAGACAGUAACGCGGCGAUCUUCAGUUGUCCUGAGGAGGGUUGUGUCAAAACACUUGUGAGAUAUUCAUCAAUGCAGCGGCAUUUAGACUGUGGAAAACACCAACGUGCUCUUGAGCGAUAUACUCUACUGGAUAGAGCUGCUGUUGGAUAUGCUCAAAGGCUUGAGGGGCAAUGCGAAGCUGUUCCCGAGCUGGAGGCAGUUGCAGAACCGCCAUCUUCUCACGACAUGCUACCAAAGGGUUGGGCGCUCAAGUCAAGUGCUUCCCGUAGAUCUAGAUUUACGUACAAGCAAAAGAACUACCUGACUGAAAAAUUUCAACAAGGUGAGCGGUCAGGACGAAAAAGUGAUCCGGCAUCAGUUGCGCGCUCUAUGAUGUCUGCCGUGGACUCACAAGGGAAACGGAUGUUCAGUAGUGAAGAGUUUCUGACUGCAUCUCAGGUCGCUGGAUUCUUCUCCAGACUUGCGGCAAAGAAGUCUCUCUUUAACGAUGAUGAUCUUGAAGAGGAGAUUGAAUGUGCCACCCAGGAGGCAACCAUCGAAGAAUUGACGAAUAACGUUUCUCGGGAACUUUUUCCAGGACACCCCAUCAUGUGGGAUAAAUAUAACCUAUGCGAAAUGACCUCAGGAGGGAAACUCAACACGACCAAGUUAUCGGUUGCAAAACUCAGAGACAUUUGCGCCGGGCUUGACAUUGCUGUUGAUGUAUCCAGCAAACGCAAAACAACCCUAUGCAGACAAAAUUGA